AACAAGACUUUGACCUUGCUAAAGCGCCUUUAAUCACUUCCUGUUUCCCACUGCUUGGCUCGCAACAACGUCGAGAUGAAUCUAUGAAAUCAUAAUUUUUCACAUUCUCGCUUCCCGACCAAAGGGAGAAACUGUUCGCAUAUUUAUCCACAUAGAAUAUUUUCUUAUAGUUGCUUGACCUACGCCGUUUUAAAGGUUUGUAAACAUGUCUGCCGAAGAAGCGGACAAGCCAGCCACCACGGAUGCUAACGCUGGGGAUGAGGAGGAAGAAUGGUUGUAUGGAGAUGAAUCUGAGGGCAAAGACGAGGAAGAAGCCAAACCGAAUGCUGCUGACAGUGCACCUGCUGAUGCAUCCACUGAGGAAACAGCCGCUACUGAUGAUGCUGAUGAUGAUGCUCUUGCUGCUGCUCCUCCUCCUGCUGCUACACACGCUACGGGAAAUGGUGUGGCCUCAGAGUCACAGGCUACUGGGGAGGCUGUUGGCGAUGAUGUGGAGAGUGACAGCGACAGUGAUGAUGACGACGACGAUGUCCGUGUCACCAUUGGAGACAUUAAAACUGGGGCUCCACAAUACACACCAUAUGGCACCCCACCAGUUAAUCUCAACAUUAAAACGCCUGGCUCCAGGUCUUAUGGACAAGUUAAUGCAAAACUGAAAGGAGUCGAUCUUGACGCACCUGGCAACAUCAAUGGUGUUCCUGUGCUUGAAGUGGAUAUGGAGUUGUUUGAGGAGAAACCCUGGAGGAAACCAGGUGCGGAUCUGUCGGACUACUUUAAUUAUGGCUUCAAUGAGGACACGUGGAAAGCUUACUGUGAGAAACAGAAGCGACUGCGCAUGGGCCUGGAAGUUUCUACUGUAGGGUCAGGGACAAGUAAAAUCACCGUCCAGCAAGGCAGGACAGGCAAUGAGAAAGAUAUGUCCAGUCUUCCUGUUCACACCUCCAAGCCUGACUUUACGUCUCCAGUCAGUCUCUACAAGUCUGUCACCAGUCAGGUCACCAGGAUCUCCCCCACUCAGUGGACUGCCCCGUCUGCCCAGGACAUGUCCUAUUAUACGAAGUCAAGUGGUAGCAUAGAUGUAAUUGGUGGGCAGACUGCCACUAUCAGCAGGGUGGAAGGGCGACGUAGGCAUAACCUGGAAGGCAAUAACAUCCAGGUGAUCUCUGAACGUUCUACGUCAGAGGCAGAGUCUACCACUGCUAAGAUGCCCACGUUCUUCCCUCCUGGACCCCUCCCUCCAAACAUCCCUCCGCCUCCUUUCCUGCCCCCGCCACCCAACGUCAGCUCUGCACCUCCACUUAUCCCGCCACCCAGGUUGCCCAUCACUGUACCUCCUCCAGGGUUUCCUCCUCCGCCCAGUGGUCCCCCGCCUUCUAUCAUCCCCACUAUGGACAGCCAUCCCGGGGGUUACGAUGGACGCGCUAUCCCUCCAUAUCCAUUCCCGCAAGGUGCCUACCCUCCCCCCAUGUCUGGCGGUGUGCCUCCUUCCUGGCCUCCGUUAAUGGAUAACUCCAAACCAUGGGACUACUAUUCUCGGCGGGACGACAAGCGCGACAAAGACAGAGAGCGGCCCCGAGAGAGGACGCAUGAGCGGGAUAGAGAUAGAGAAAGGGAACGAGAGCACAGCCCCUCGGGGAUUGGAUACACCAGUGACGAGGAGCGAUAUCGUUACCGAGAAUACCAGGAACGUGCUUAUGGAGACCGUCAUCGCGAGCGAGCAAGUCGUGAGAAGGAAGACAGACACCGGGAGAGGCGGCACCGAGAGAAAGACGAGGGGCGCCACAAGUCCUCUCGCAGCAGCAGCAGCAGGAGGAGGCACGACAGCGAAGAGGGUGACAGCCACCGGAGGCACAAACACAAGAAGAGCAAGAGGAGCAAGGAGGGCAAAGAGACCAGCGAGGACAUGGGUGCAGACCAAGAGAAUCAGGAGGCUAUGGAGUGAACACAACCUAUUCUUUCCUCCCUCCUCCCGCUCUCUCUCUCUGUCUCUUUGUCCAACCCACCAUGUCACCCACUUAAGAUGAGAAAGAGAAAUGGAGGAGACGAGUGCAGACCAACAAAACAGGGAUGUCACAGUGAUUCAUGUCUCCUGUCACUUCUCUAACCAUCAAUCUCUGUUCUCCUGCCAAUCUGUUGCUGUUUUUCCUCGCCACGAGAAUGGAUGCAGCAAAGCAGGUGGUGAAGGAGUAGCCAUUUUGCUGAAUGUUAACAUCACCUCAUCCGCCUCCUUCCCUUUCUCCAACAUGUCUACUCUUUUUGUUUCUUUCUCUUCAUUUGUCAAGUUCAAUUUGUUGUGUAUGAAGACAGAAAUUGUCACUUAGUUCCAGAGUUUGUCAACUUCAAUUAAAAAAAACACAUUUUUGAUAA